CUUCAAAAAGUAAUAAACUUUUGGCUUGACGCAGCAACAUUUGAGUUUCACAACAAAUUGUGAUUUUUAAGUUGGCCGCUCUAAUAAAAAUUUUCUAUUUUAUCAGACAAAAACACUUGGCAAAGAAAAGCCUUUAUUUUUACCAAGUUCGCACAAGGUUCCCCCGAGGAAUAGUGAAAAAAUUAAAGCAGGAAAAGCUCAAGGAGCUGACAUUAAGGAACACCAUGUCCAGAUUUUUAGCAGCGGCCACACAGCAGUUCCAAAAGGGAUUGCGUUUUAGCCGUGUGCUGAUCCACAAUACUGGCCAGCACCUAAAGGCGGCCAAGACGCCAACUGCCAACUCCAGGCAAGCGGCUCCACCGCCGCCCAAGUGUCCCGGCGCCAAGCGUAAGCCGGGAACCUUUGCCAGCGGCGGAAAGCAUGCCGUCUUCAACGAUUGUCCCAUGCCCGAGGGCGACUUCAUGAGAGCCUGGCACGCCAAGAACACUCGCUACAACAUCAUUCUGAUUACUGGAGCUUUGGCGGCCUUCGGAGGCUGGGGAAUGGCCAUAUCUUCAGGCAUUCUCGGCCUUAACUGGAGCAUACCUCCGUAUCCCUACACCGAGGACGAGAAGGAGGACUUUGAGCUCGAGGAGGAGCGCCGUCGUGAGGAGAGGGAGGCGCGCCAAGAGCGACACCAGGACGCCGUCGAGGCCCGUGAGCUUGCGAUUCGCCGCCGGCAUGCCAAGGAGGCCAUGGAGCGCGAGGUGGAGCUGAUGCAGCGCGACAUGGACGAAGGCAUCUCGGACGAAGAGCUGGAUGAACUGCAGCGCCUGGCCGCCGAACGCGAGGCCUUCGAGAUGUGGGAAAAGGACGAAAUCAAACGGCUCGAGGACCAGCAGAAGGACCGCGAACUGAUUCGCAAGGAGAAGGCCAAGGUCCAGGCCGAGCGUGACAAGGAGCGGGAUCGCAAGCGUCGCGAGAGGGAUGCCCAGCUGGAGAAGGAGGAGGCGGAGCGGGAAAAGGCCCGCAAAGAGGCACGCAAGGAGUGGGAGAAGGCCGAAAAAGAGGCGCAAAAGGAGAAGGAGAAGGCCGAAAAGGAAAAGGCGAAGCUCAAGAAGGCCCAGUCGGGCUAGAGGCUCCUGUCUAUAAUUUACUAAAACUUACUAAACAUUACCAAGAGACACAGAUUAUCAAAGAAAUUGAACCAAAAAUAUGCAAUAUAUUCGUAUUGUUUUAAUAAAUGCACAUAAAUUGCUGCUGCUGAAUCAAAAAAUAACUAAAAAUAUAGAAAAACAUAUCAAUUUGAUAACUCA